GACUUUUGGACAUUCGGCUAAGCAAAUACAUGACAUGGCGUCGUAAGGAAUUCUUGUAAUCAGCAUACAGCAGGAGAGCAGUAUUAUAGGUUUACAUGCAAUACACAGCGAGAUCGAGCGGAAAGUCACGUUGUCUGCGACGUUGUAUUGUGCAGAGUUGCGAGAAUUAAUAGACUAUUCGCGCUACCCCCCGCAGACGGCUUCUGAAAUUUUAACUUUCGAGGAAACUUUUGACAAGCAAUAAAUAGAAAAAGUAAUCAUGCCAGUCGUACCCGGUGGCGCUUAUCAACAGGGACCUACGUGCUUUGAACGCAUGAAAUUGGGCUUUACGAUUGGUUUUUGCGUUGGCAUGGCCUCUGGGGCUCUUUUUGGAGGUUUUACAGCUCUAAGGCAUGGCUUAAGGGGGCGAGAAUUGGUAAACAAUGUAGGAAAAGUCAUGGUGCAAGGUGGAGGAACUUUUGGAACUUUUAUGGCUAUCGGAACUGGAAUUCGAUGCUAA